AAGCCUUUGAAAUUGUAGUACGGCAUGCAAGAAACUUCACCAACAGCAUGUUUAGGACCCACUACCAGAGCAUGGGGCCCAGAACUCUUAAGUUUGUUGGAGAACUUUUUACUGAUGUCUCACUGUACAUAUUGGGCUCUGACAUAAGCGUAAAUGACAUGAUAAAUGAAUUUUUUGACAGUUUAUUCCCUUUGGUUUAUUCUCACUUGAUUAAUCCCGGCUUCCCCGAUCCUUCCGUGGAAAUGACUGAAUGCCUGCGGGCAGCCAGGAGAGACCUCAGAGUCUUUGGUAACUACCCGAAGACGAUGAUGACACAGGUGUCCAAGUCGCUGCAGGCCACGCGAGUCUUUCUGCAGGCACUCAACCUGGGGAUCGAGGUGAUAAAUACUACUGACCACUUAAAAUUCAGCAAGGACUGUGGACGGGCACUGCUAAAGAUGUGGUACUGCUCGCACUGCCAGGGGCUCCUCCUGGCCAAGCCCUGUGCUGGCUACUGCGGCGUGGUGAUGCAAGGAUGCUUAGCGGGUGUCGCAGAGAUCGAUAACCACUGGCGAGAGUACAUCGGGUCGCUGGAGGGGCUGACCAAAGGCAUGCAUGGCAUCUAUGACAUGGAGCACGUCCUUCUGAACUUCUUCUCCUUGGUGCGGGAUGCGAUUGUCUACGUGCAGAAGAACGAAGGAAAGGUCUCGACAACUUUCAUCACUAAAAUGUACCUCCAAAUAGAGGCCAAGCGGAGGCAC